UUUUUACUGUGCAAGCAGAGUAACCAGCUAAAAGAAUCCACAACUGAUCGAAAUGGAAACAGAUACAUUUGAUUUAGAGUCAGAUUUCGGUUUGUAGCUUUGAAGAGGUUAUUCGUUACAAAGGGAUCCUUUCUUCAAUGCCAACAAAACUGAGAAAUUUAACUAUAUUCAAAAUCCAUCGCUGGUCACACACAGCCAACAGACUUGGCUGAAGGAGGGACGACGAUGCCCUUGGACCAACUGCAGAAGACAAUCCAUAACCCGGCAGGCCAUUCAUCUGCUUUUAAGCCGGACAGUCCUGAUUUUGGAAAGGUUAUUCCAUACACUGGGGCAAUCCUUAGUGGUCUUCUUCCUGGAGAACUAGUUGUAAUACAGGGAAGUGUUCCUGAUGAUUCUGACAGGUUCCAGGUAGACUUCCAAUGUGGUAGUAGCACAAAACCUCGUGCUGAUGUGGCCUUUCACUUCAAUCCCCGCUUCAAAAGAUCAGGCUCCAUAAUCUGUAACACUCUGGAAAAAGAAAGAUGGGGUUGGGAGGAGAUCACUUAUCAGAUGCCUUUUCAAAAAGGGAAGCCAUUUAAGAUUGUCUUUAUGGUUUUGAAGGAUAAAUUCCAGGUGUCUGUAAAUGAAAAACAUUUGCUGCUGUACAACCACAGAGUUAACCUGGAAAGAAUAGAUACUCUCGGGAUAUAUGGGAAAGUACAGAUUCAGACUAUACAGUUUGUUUCUAAUAACUCUUUACAAGGCUCUCAGCCAUCAUCUUUAGGAAUAACAAAGAUAAACUCAGAAAAUGGAGAAGUGCCUGAUGGUUCACAACUUGUGGUUCCUUACAUUGCAAGGCUUAAUUCUGCACUUCGUCCUGGGCGGACAGUUGCCAUCAAAGGAGAAGUGAAUAAAAACCCAAACAGCUUUGCUGUUAAUCUAAAAUCAAGUGACUCAAAGGAUAUUGCACUGCAUCUGAAUCCCCGAAUGAAAACAAAAGUUUUCGUGAGAAAUUCCUAUCUUUCUGAUAGCUGGGGAGAAGAAGAAAAAGAUGUCACUAAUUUCCCUUUCAGCCCAGGAAUGUACUUUGAGUUGUUAAUUUUCUGUGAUGUUCGUCAGUACAAGGUUGCUGUAAAUGGUGUGCACAUCCUGGAGUACAAGCAUCGAUUUAAACAGCUUGAAAAGAUCAACAUAUUGGAGAUUACUGGAGACAUUCAGUUACUGGAUGUGAGGAGCUCAUAGCAUCAUAUUCUUCCACCCUAUGUUAACCCUCUGUUGCCUUCUACUCAAGUACAAACUGGUAUUGAAUAACCCAGAUCCUUGUCCCAUUUAUCCAAGUUUCUGUAUUGGUGCUUAUCACAAAGUUGAGCCCCAGAAGUCAAAAUCCUAUUAGAUUAGAUCUUCCCCAGUUUUCAGUAUCUUGGCAAACUAAAGUCACAUUAUCUGCUUCAGUAGGCAUAGAUCUCCUGUUAUAUGAAGAAUUAAAUUACUGUACCUAGCAAUAUAAAGAUUUGCUUUAUAGUAUUAGAAUAACUGCAAAAUAUUUUGUAAAUAAAAACACAGAAUGCUGUACUAUGGAAUGCUAAUAACUAUAAAUUCAAUAUUGUCUGUUGAUAAGAGCUGGACUGAAAUAUGAUCUGUGUAUCUGAAAAUGGACUGUCAACCUCUUAAGGGAUCUAAUCAAGUUCUAAGUAUAUUUUAACCCUUAUUGUUUAUAAGCAAAGUUAAAUGGGAAUUACAUAAGGAAAGAAUAUACUCUAAUUUUAGGGAGAGCACAUCUGCAGUCUCAUUGCUUUACUCUGGUUUUUAUGUUAAUAUAACUUGAAAUUAGUUAUAUUAACCAGGGUAAACCUAGAAUAAUGCUAUGAUGAAUCAGAACCCUGCUAUAUUAAACUAGUGAAUGUUAGUGUUAGCUCUGUAUCUUGAAAAGGUAUUUCAGCCCUAAACCUAAAACAUCUAACUGAAGUUACCUCUCAG